AUGCCGGCCAUGGUGGAGAAGGGCCCCGAGGUCUCAGGGAAGCGGAGAGGGAGGAACAACGCGGCCGCCUCGGCCGCCGCCGCCUCGGCCGCCUCCGCCGCCGCCGCCUCCUCGGCCGCCGCCGCCUCCUCGGCCACCGCCGCCUCCGCCUCGGCCGCCGCCGCCCCCAAUAAUGGGCAGAAUAAAAGUUUGGCGGCGGCGGCGCCCAAUGGCAACAGCAGCAGCAACUCCUGGGAGGAAGGCAGCUCGGGCUCGUCCAGCGACGAGGAGCACGGUGGCGGUGGCAUGCGGGUCGGACCCCAGUACCAGGCGGUGGUGCCCGACUUCGACCCCGCCAAACUAGCAAGACGCAGUCAAGAACGAGACAAUCUUGGCAUGCUGGUCUGGUCACCUAAUCAGAAUCUAUCAGAAGCAAAAUUGGAUGAAUACAUUGCCAUUGCCAAAGAGAAGCAUGGGUACAACAUGGAACAGGCUCUUGGGAUGCUCUUUUGGCAUAAGCAUAAUAUUGAAAAAUCAUUGGCUGAUUUGCCCAACUUUACCCCCUUCCCAGAUGAGUGGACUGUGGAAGAUAAAGUCUUAUUUGAGCAAGCCUUUAGUUUUCACGGGAAAACUUUUCAUAGAAUCCAACAAAUGCUUCCUGAUAAAUCUAUAGCAAGUCUGGUGAAAUUUUACUACUCCUGGAAGAAGACGAGGACUAAAACCAGCGUGAUGGAUCGCCACGCUCGGAAACAGAAACGGGAGCGGGAGGAAAGUGAGGAUGAACUGGAAGAAACAAAUGGAAAUAACGCCAUUGACAUUGAGAUUGAUCCAAACAAGGAAAGCAAAAAGGAGGUGCCCCCUACUGAGACAGUUCCUCAGAUCAAAAAAGAAAAACAUAGUACACAGGCUAAAAAUAGAGCAAAAAGGAAACCUCCGAAAGGAAUGUUUCUUUCUCAAGAAGACGUGGAGGCUGUUUCUGCCAAUGCCACUGCUGCUACCACGGUGCUGAGACAACUGGACAUGGAGCUGGUGUCAAUCAAACGACAGAUUCAGAAUAUUAAACAGACGAACAGUGCUCUCAAAGAAAAACUUGAUGGUGGAAUAGAACCAUAUCGACUUCCAGAGGUCAUUCAGAAAUGUAACGCACGUUGGACCACAGAGGAGCAGCUUCUCGCCGUACAAGCCAUUAGGAAAUACGGCCGAGAUUUUCAGGCAAUCUCAGAUGUGAUUGGGAACAAAUCAGUGGUACAAGUGAAAAACUUUUUUGUAAAUUAUCGACGCCGCUUCAACAUAGAUGAAGUUUUACAAGAAUGGGAGGCAGAACACGGGAAAGAAGAAACCAAUGGUCCCAGUAACCAGAAACCUGUAACGUCCCCGGAUAAUUCUGUCAAGAUGCCUGAAGAGGAAGACGAGGCUGCUUCUGUUCUUGACGUCAGAUACGCAUCUGCCUCAUGA